AUGCCCCAACUCUCCGGAGGAGGCGGCGGGGGCGACCCGGAACUCUGCGCCACCGACGAGAUGAUCCCCUUCAAGGACGAGGGCGAUCCCCAGAAGGAGAAGAUUUUCGCGGAGAUCAGUCACCCCGAAGAGGAGGGCGACUUGGCCGACAUCAAGUCAUCCUUGGUCAACGAGUCCGAAAUCAUCCCGGCCAGCAACGGGCACGAGGUGGUCAGACAAGCACCAUCCUCUCAGGAGCCCUACCACGACAAGGCCAGAGAACACCCUGAUGACGGAAAGCAUCCAGAUGGAGGCCUAUACAACAAGGGACCCCCCUACUCCAGUUAUUCUGGCUACAUAAUGAUGCCAAAUAUGAAUAGUGACCCGUACAUGUCAAAUGGAUCCCUCUCUCCGCCCAUUCCGAGGACAUCCAAUAAAGUGCCGGUGGUGCAGCCAUCCCACGCCGUCCACCCUCUCACCCCCCUCAUCACUUACAGUGACGAGCACUUUUCUCCAGGAUCACACCCGUCACACAUCCCAUCAGAUGUCAACUCCAAGCAAGGCAUGUCAAGACACCCUCCAGCUCCUGAAAUCCCCACCUUUUACCCCUUGUCCCCGGGCGGUGUUGGACAGAUCACCCCACCCCUUGGCUGGCAAGGUCAGCCUGUAUAUCCCAUCACGGGUGGAUUCAGGCAACCCUACCCAUCCUCACUGUCAGGCGACACUUCCAUGUCCAGGUUUUCCCACCAUAUGAUUCCUGGUCCUCCUGGCCCCCACACAACUGGCAUUCCUCAUCCAGCUAUUGUAACGCCUCAGGUCAAGCAGGAGCACCCCCACACUGACAGUGACCUAAUGCACGUGAAGCCUCAGCAUGAACAGAGAAAGGAGCAGGAGCCAAAAAGACCUCACAUUAAGAAGCCUCUGAAUGCUUUCAUGUUAUACAUGAAAGAAAUGAGAGCGAAUGUUGUAGCAGAGUGUACGCUAAAAGAGAGCGCAGCUAUCAACCAGAUCCUGGGCAGGAGGUGGCACGCCCUCUCCCGGGAAGAACAGGCCAAAUAUUAUGAAUUAGCACGGAAAGAAAGACAGCUACAUAUGCAGCUGUAUCCUGGCUGGUCAGCACGAGACAAUUAUGGCAAGAAGAAGAAGAGGAAGAGAGAGAAGCUACAGGAGUCUGCUUCAGGUACAGGUCCCAGAAUGACAGCUGCCUACAUCUGAAACAUGGUGGCAAAAGAAGCUCAUUCCCAACGUGCAAAGCCAAGGCAGCAAACCCAGGCCCUCUUCUGGAGAUGGAAGCUUGUUGAAAACCCAGACUGUCUCCAACAGCUUGCCCGGCUGGCCCCAAGGAACACUGACAGCAACCUUACCCUGAGGUCACUGCUAGCGACCCUCGACCCACAGAGACAGUCACUGCCAGCCCUCCCUCCUGUCUACUGCAAGCACCGACUUCCAAAACAAAGCUGAAAAAAAAAAUGGUUGCUUCUGAAAAAGAAAAAUUAAAAAAAAAAAAAAAAAAAAGCC